AAGUCUAAGCAUCGCAAUAAAACCCGGAGAGAAGCUCAUAGACACUUUGUAACUGUCUACCCAAAACGAGCUUCUGCAAGAGCUAAAGGAAGAGAAACAGGAUACAUAUUCGGGGAAGCGAGGACUUUUUUCUUCUUUUUUAUCUAGUUUUUCAAAGGGCUUUUUCUCUUUAAAAGUAGGGAGCACUUGAGAUUUCGAGAUGAUGCUGUGUGGCAUCAUUAUGCUGUUGAUGCUUUGGAGCUGUGAAGGCGCAAGACUGGCAGAGAGUCGGGAAGAUAACAGUGUGUAUGACUUAUUUGAUCUGGCCCGGGUAAACAAGAGACACCACGGAGUGAGUUUGGUCAAAGGUGAAGACCCCUACAGCCCUGCAUACAAGGUCCUGAACCCAGACCUGAUCCCCCCUGUCCCCGACAGCUCCCUCAGGGACCUCCUCGACUCCAUUCAGGCUGAGAGGGGCUUCCUCCUCCUGGUCAACCUGAAGCAGUUUAAGAAAACCAGGGGCAGCCUUUUGACCAUCGAGAAGAAUGACGGAUCAGGGCCUGUUUUCGAGAUUAUUUCCAACGGGAAGGCGAAUACUCUGGAUGUGGUCUACUCCACCAUGGACCAGCAGCAGGUCGUGUCCAUCGAGGAAGCAGACUUGGCCACUGGACACUGGAAGAACAUCACACUGUUCGUCCAGGAUGACAGAGUGCAGCUUUACGUCGGCUGUGAGGAAAUCAGUGCAUCAGAGAUGGAUUUCCCAAUCCAUAAAGUGCUGUCCCAGGAGGUGGCAGAUAUUGCCAGGCUCAGGAUUGGAAAGGGAGCUGUAAAGGACAGAUUCAUGGGAGUGCUUCAAAAUGUACGCUUUGUCUUUGGGACCACUCUUGAUGCCAUACUAAGAAAUAAGGGUUGCCAGAGUGGAGCUAGCUUAACAGAUGUCAUGACCUUGGACAACCCAGUCAAUGGCUCCAGCCCUGCCAUUAGGACUGAUUACACCGGCCACAAAGCCAAAGAUCUGCAGUCUGUCUGCGGCUUCUCUUGUGAAGACAUCGCCAGCAUGUUUAAGGAGCUCAAGGGACUCGGUGUGGUUGUUAAAAAGCUGUCGAAUGAGCUCCGCAAAGUGUCUGAGGACAACACGCUGCUGAAGAAUCAAAUGAACAUCCAUAGUGGAAUUUGCUUCCAUAACGGCAUUGUGUACAAGGACAAAGAUGAGUGGACUGUGGAUGGCUGCACCGAGUGCACCUGCCAGAACUCUGCUACUGUGUGUCGCAAAAUCUCCUGCCCUCUGAUCCCAUGCACAAACGCCACAGUGCCCGACGGAGAGUGCUGCCCUCGCUGUGGAACACCGAGCGACUAUGCAGAAGAUGGUUGGUCCCCCUGGUCUGAAUGGACCCAUUGUUCGGUGACUUGCGGUCGGGGCAUCCAGCAGCGCGGACGCUCCUGUGACCGCAUCAAUAGCAACUGUGAAGGCACCUCUGUCCAGACCCGUGAUUGCUACCCCCAGGAAUGUGACAAACGCUUCAAACAGGAUGGUGGUUGGAGCCACUGGUCUCCCUGGUCUUCGUGCUCUGUGACCUGUGGUGAGGGGGUCAUCACGCGGAUACGCCUCUGCAACUCCCCCACACCCCAGAUGGGUGGCAGGGACUGCCAGGGAGAAGGACGUCAAACUGAAAUUUGCCAAAAGUCACCAUGUCCUAUCAAUGGAGGUUGGGGACCUUGGUCACCGUGGGACACCUGCACAGUUACCUGUGGUGGGGGAAUCCAGAACCGCAAGCGUCUCUGCUCUGACCCUGUCCCCAAAUAUGGAGGGAAGGACUGCGUUGGUGAUGCUACUAUGUCUCAAGUGUGCAACAAACAGGACUGCCCAAUUAAUGGUUGUCUCUCCAACCCAUGCUUCGCCGGCACAAAGUGCACCAGCUUCCCUGAUGGCUCUUUCAGGUGUGGCAAGUGUCCACUUGGCUACACUGGGAACGGCAUCACUUGCAAAGACAUUGAUGAGUGUGCAGAGGUCCCAGAUGCUUGCCAUACACAUAAUGGAGUCCACCGUUGUGAGAACACUGAGCCCGGUUACAACUGUCUUCCCUGCCCCUCACGUUUCUCUGGUCCUCAGCCCUUUGGAAGAGGAGUGGAACAGGCAACUGCUAAAAAACAGGUUUGCAAACCCCGUAACCCUUGCCAAGAUGGUAGCCACGACUGCCAUAAAAAUGCAAACUGCAUCUACUUGGGCGUUUUCUCUGAGUCCAUGUUCCGCUGCGAGUGCAAGCCAGGGUAUGCCGGGAAUGGCCGUAUUUGCGGAGAGGACAGUGACCUGGACGGAUGGCCCAACAGUGACCUGCUGUGUGUGGAGAACGCCACCUACCACUGCAAGAAGGAUAACUGCCCCAGCCUUCCUAACUCUGGCCAGGAAGAUCAUGAUAAAGAUGGCCUGGGUGAUGAAUGUGACCAUGAUGAUGACAAUGAUGGUAUCCCCGAUGAUAGGGACAACUGCCCAAGAGUUUACAACCCUGCCCAGUAUGACGCAGACAGAGAUGACGUUGGCGACCGAUGUGACAACUGUGUGUUUGAGGCUAACACUGACCAAACUGACACUGACAACAAUGGAGAGGGUGAUGCCUGCGCUAUUGACAUUGAUGGUGAUGGCAUUCUGAACGAGGACGACAAUUGUCCAUAUGUUUACAACGCUGACCAGAGAGACACUGACAGGGACGGGGUGGGAGACCAUUGUGACAACUGCCCUCUGGAGCACAACCCUGAUCAGAUCGACUCUGACUCAGAUCUCAUAGGAGACAAGUGCGACAACAACCAGGACAUUGACGAGGACGGUCACCAGAACAAUUUGGACAACUGCCCCUAUAUAUCCAACUCCAACCAGGCAGACCACGACAAGGAUGGCAAGGGUGACGCCUGCGACCAUGAUGAUGACAAUGACGGCAUUCCUGAUGACAAAGACAACUGUAGGCUGGCCUUUAACCCUGACCAGGUGGACUCUGAUGGUGAUGGCCGUGGUGAUGUGUGCAAAGAUGACUUUGACCAAGACAAUGUCUUGGACAUCUAUGACGUGUGUCCAGAGAACUUUGCCAUCAGUGAAACAGACUUCCGCAGAUUUCAAAUGGUUCCUCUGGACCCCAAGGGUACCUCCCAGAUUGACCCCAACUGGGUGGUCCGGCAUCAGGGCAAGGAAUUGGUGCAGACUGUCAACUGUGAUCCUGGCAUUGCUGUUGGUUACGAUGAGUUCAGCGCAGUGGACUUCAGUGGAACAUUCUUCAUCAACACGGACAGAGAUGACGACUAUGCUGGAUUUGUGUUUGGCUACCAGUCCAGUUCACGCUUCUACACAGUGAUGUGGAAACAGAUUACACAGACCUACUGGUCCCACACACCCACAAGAGCUCAAGGCUACUCUGGCCUGUCAAUCAAAGUGGUCAACUCCACCACCGGGCCUGGUGAGCAUCUGAGGAACGCCCUGUGGCACACCGGAGACACCGCAGGACAGGUGCGCACUCUGUGGCACGACCCCAAGAACAUUGGCUGGAAGGACUUCACUGCCUACAGAUGGCAUCUGACCCACAGACCCAAGACUGGACUUAUUAGAGUGGUCAUGUAUGAAGGAAAGAGAAUCAUGGCAGAUUCUGGAAACAUCUAUGACAAGACGUAUGCUGGUGGGCGACUAGGGUUGUACGUCUUCUCUCAAGAGAUGGUUUACUUCUCUGACCUCAAAUACGAAUGCAGAGAUACAUAAUUGGACCACACACUCUUCCAGACAGAAUCAGUAUGAAUAUAUAAUAUGAGACCUGGAUCGAUAUCUCUUUUUCUUUUGAGAAAUGCACAUUGGAGGAAUGACGAGCAAGUGAGCUAACAUGAGGUAAACUGACCUCAGGACUUUAAGCCAAAUGAAAGUUCAAUGACGAUUCUGCACCACUGCACCAAACUCAAAUUGUGAGCGCAGCUCUGCUCUGAAGAAAUUGGCCCUCUCACUUUGUUGCUCUGCUCUGCAUUGAAAGGGGAGGCGCACAUUUUAUUGCUUUGCACACCUGAACUGUUGUCGAUAUUCCUCUCUGGAUGAGGGACCAUGUUUUUAAUUUAAAAUAUAUAUAUUUUUGAGCAUUAAUAUACAUCUGCUGUGGACUCAAAAAUACUUUUAUUAGUGUGAAGAAAGCAGUGGGAGAACUUUCUUGGGCCGGGUUAAAUACAACCCUUGAAGGAACUGUUGAGGGACCAUGGACAGUAUGGACUGACUGUUACUAUCAAAGAGAGUGAAUGUUGUUUGCGUGUUUGUGCAUGUGUGCCACCCAAAAAGCAUUGUUAUGAAGUUAUGACUGCGUAAAUUGUUUAUUAUUAUUUGUUUACUUUUAAUGGACCCUCACCCCACUUUCAUGCAAGACCUGUAUAUACUUAGGGCUGGCCUAAAACAUUCGUCUUCUCAGGAAAGAGCACUAGAAGAAACGAAGAGAGCACAAAAUUCAGGACAGCACAGGGCCACAAAGCAGGCACACUGAAUACUGCUUUGGGACAGUAAUUAAUAGCAAAUAUUUUGUUAAUAUCUAUAAUUUUUUACAGUGAGGGCUAGUCUAUUUCCUGUCAUGGGUAAACCAUUGUUAGUAUGGCUAUUUUUAUUUACAUAUUCAUCAUAAAGGCUUUAAUUCUCGCUCACCUCUGCAACUUUCCAUCUUACAAUGUUGUCAGCAACCCCAUCCAAUUAUCUGAAAUCAAUAUCCACUAUAGCAUUACAUUUGAAAAAAGUAAAAGAUAGGCAUCAUCACUAACAGUAUCUCUAAAUAUUCUGCUUCUGCACAGUGUGCAUGACUGGUGUGCAUGAGCUUAUGUGUACAUUUCUGACAAAAUCAAAGGAAACCCUUUAUGUACAAAUAUUACCUCAUUAAUUCUUUUUGUAUUGAGGCCAGCGAUACACAAGAAUCACUUGUCUUAGCAACAGAGUAUAAAUUGGUUGGCUUCUUUUUUUUAUCCAAGACUUUAGUAUCAUUUAUAUGCUGUAUAUAAGAUAUUUUUGUAGCGAAAGAAGCCCAAACAGGAACGUAAAGGAUUAAAGAAAUGUUGUCUUGA